GAGAGAGAGAAAAAAAAGCAUAGGGUUAAAGGAUAAUAUCUUAUCCGCUUCUAAACGGCGACCAGAGUUUUCGAAACUGUCUGCUUACAAGCGAUAAAUGGCUUCUUCCACCGGCCUCACCGUCGCCGGGGCUCUGCGUGCCGGAGAUUUUCGAUUACCGUCUCUAUCGUCACAAAUACCCAGAAAGGGUUCUUCUUCAUUGUCAUGCAUGAACAACAAAGAUCUAUCGCCACCAUAUAAUUGCGGUUGGCGACUAUCCAAAGACAAAGCUUUGACAUCUCUCAGUAACUCGCGGAGAUUCGCUGUGGGAAAGGAAGCUGAAGAUGGAUUUCUCUCGAAUGUAAGUGAAGACAGUGAUGAGAUGUUUGACGACUUGUUCAACAAAUAUGGGAAGGUUGUUUACAGGAGUGACGAUCAAAAGUCUCCAGCAGCUGAGGUUGAUGAUGACGCAGAAAGUUUAGCAUUUGCUGUUGAAAUGGCCAAAGUUGCGAGUGAGGUGAAAGCUGGAGACAUUAAGGUCCUCUUUGUGAAGCCUCUCGUCUACUGGACUCGGUUUUUUAUCAUAGCCACUGCGUUUUCCCGCCCUCAAAUCGAUGCAAUCGGAUUCAGGAUGAGGGACCUGGCUGAGAAGAAGUACGGGAAAGUUGCUAAUGGAGAUGUCAAGCCAAAUGCAUGGACAUUGUUGGAUUUCGGCGAUGUGGUGAUCCAUAUAUUCUUACCUCCUCAAAGAACCUUUUAUAACUUGGAAGAUUUUUACGGAAAUGCCAUGUCAAUUCCACUCCCCUUUGAGGAUCAACCACCACCACGAAGCUGAUGUGAUACUGUCUGCUCCACAAAAAAGAAAAGGCAAACAGUUUGUUAGAAGUCCGAUGAUUUUUUCUUCACGGGCUCCAUGAGUCGUGACCAAGAAGGCCUUCGAGGUUUCAUUUUGUUUGUCCAGCGCAUUUACACAGCUCUCGGCGUAAGGGGUUGAUGGAUUUUUGCUGGCUAAGAUGGUCCAACAACACUCUGGAGAUCUCGUACAUGUUUCUAGUUUCUUUGUAGAAUAGAGUUAGACCAUCCUGCUUUAAGCUGGUGUUAUGUAAUUCAGCUGUGUAAUUUCAACAAAGUUCCUAUACUUUGAGCCAAUUAUAAUUCUUUUAGUGGAUCUUCAAUGAAAAGAACUCAAUCUUAGUUA